CCGACAUGCUCAUUCGUGCACUACGAUCGAGACACUGCUUCCUCCUCCCCCACAGCGAGUUAUCAUCGCAACACCCCCGUUGUUACCUCCGGCGCCCAUCAUGAUGCCGCCACCGAUGAUCAUCCAGCCACCUCCGCCACCCCAGGCUCCGGCGUACCAGUACGCCUACCAGACGACGGCACCCGUGACCCAGGGGACCACGUCGGUACGCCGCGUCACGUCGCUGUCGCAGCUGUACAGCAGCACCGUCGCCACCGCUCCAGCCUACCCGCAGUACCAGUACGCGUACCCCACGGCAGCGCCGGUGUCCCAAAGGACGGUGUCCUUCCGUCGCGUCGGUUCCACGUCGCAGCCGUGUCAAGUGAACACUCAAAUUCCAGCCACGACAACUGUCCAGUAUGCUGAGUACCCCACAGUAACGCAGACGCCCCAGGGGGCUACGACGUCAGUGACUCGCGUCGUGUCCGCGUCGCAGAUGUGACGAGGAGGAGCGCAGGUGCCGAC